AUGUCUGUCCCCGUCCGCCUCCUCACGGCCCGCACCACCACCCCUGCCAUCCUUCCCCUCGCCCAGACUCGAUCCGGUAACAACAAACCGAAAUCACUCCAAAAAACAAAACGUGUCUUCAAGCCGAAUUUGACCCGCGCCGACUGGCCUGUCACCGUUCUCGGGGGGCCUGUUGCUCAUGGGGAGGUGUUACCGAAGUUGAAGGCGGUGAAGAUGUCUGUGAGGAGAAUCAGGGAUGUGGAAAAGGCGGGAGGUAUCGAGGGUCUUUUGCUGUCAAGAAGGCCAAAAGACCUUACUUCCUAUGGCGCUCUCCUCCGAUCUCAGCUGUUUGAGCAACUGCAUCAGGUCAAGCGGGACGUCGAGCUGGAAAGGAGAUCAACGGAGAGCUUUGAAUCACUAGAGUCGGGAAUCCAUGACGAGAAGCUGGAACAGGUGGAGACUCAGAAGCAACCUCUGCUGGAGGGACAAUGA